CAAAUGCUCGUAUCAUUCUUUGUAUGCAUUGUCCACAAUUCAAGGUUUAUGUGGUGUGAAUAAUUGCAGGAUGACCCUCUGCAUAUAAGUUCGCGACAGUCUGAAAAGCCCCGACACUUUCCUUUUGUUGUCUAUUCUCACUACUUUCACCAGCCUAAUGACAGCAGAAAAACGUAUAGAAAUUCCAGGACAAGAGAUCAUUGCCGGCAUUCUUAAUGACAAAGGGGGAUCUGACAAGCGCUUAGUGCUCAUUACACACGGUGCACCGGGUCACAAGAAUUAUUAUUUUCUUCCACUGCUGGCUCAAAGACUGCCUUACUCUUCUUUUCGCUUUGACUUUCGCGGAAGCGGUGAAAGUGGAGGCAAACCUAAAUAUAACAAUAUGAGUGACAAUGCGCAUGAUAUCUAUACUGUGGCAAACUAUUUUAAAGAACAAGGCUAUAACGUGUUUACCGUCAUCGGUCAUUCGCGAGGUGCUAUUGCUGCAUUAAAAUAUGCAGCUGACUUGCGUGAAGCACCCCCGUUGUCACACGUAGUUGAUAUUGCUGCGAGAUACAAGAUGGGUGAUAGCAGUCGACUCAAAGAUUCAGCAAAACAAGAUCUUGCUGACAAGGGCUACUUUGAAUGGCCAGUGGAUAAAAAUGGACAGCUAUUCAAAGUCAAAGUCACUCAGGCAGACGUUGCUGCUUAUGCUUCUUGGGAUAACUCACAUGUAUCCAGAAUUUCCAAGGCAACCUGUGUAUUGACAUGUCAUGGUCUCAAUGAUACGGUGGUGACAGCUGACAAUGCAGCCAUGAUUGCCAACAAAGUAUCAAACCAUACUCUUGAGCUUAUACCAGAAGCCAAUCAUACGUUUGACGGCAAGGAAGAGGAACUGAUCUCUAUCAUCACUAGCCACCUCGAGAAGCAUGAGAACAGUGCUUUUGAACGAGCUCAAAAAUUUGGCCAUCACAAUAGUAUCUGUAUUCCACGUUGGGUUGACGUGGAUGGAGUCAAGAACUUUCGUGAUAUAGGUGGAUGGCCUCUCAAAGACGGUAGCGGAUAUGUGCGUGAGCGUACCGUGUUUCGAUCGGCACAACUUGGGGGUAUCACGGAACAGGGUAUUCAAACGUUACACCACUUGGGAAUAACUGCUGUUUUUGAUUUUCGAUCUGACGCUGAAAUGAAGGGCGACAGUGAAAGAAUGCCUGACAUUCCUGGAAUCACACAUCAUCCUUCCGGUGUGUUUACCGACGAAGAUUUUGCACCUGGAAAUCAGGAAAAGAAUCUCCGUGUCUUCUUCCAGGGACCCGAGGGCGUCUGCAAGGGCUACACUGAAAUGCUAUAUCGUGCAAAGAAGCAGUACCGUAAGAUUUUCCUGUACCUACUGGAGCAUCCGGACGAUGGCAUCCUGGUACAUUGCCGUAUCGGAAAAGACCGUACAGGGCUGUUUUUCAUGCUUCUGCUUAGCCUAUGCGGUGUUGAUGAAGACAUCAUCGUCAACGAAUACGGUUUAACGAAUUUGGGUAUCUGGGAGACGAAAAAAAGGAUCGAGGAACAUGCAAAGGAGUCCAGAAUUACACCCGCACAACUUGAAGAAUUGUUGACGGCAUCUAUGCCUGGAAUCCUGUUGACCAUAAAGCAUAUUCGGACAAAGUAUGGAUCUUUGGAAGAAUUUGUGUGCCAAGAAUGUAGUUUAAGCGCUGAACAAUGUCAGGUAACUAUAAAAGCAGCAACAAGAUUCUUCUUACUUUCAGACACUUCGCGAUCGUAUGGUUGUCCCGAUCCGUUUUGAAGAGCGGCAAUUGUACAGAGGAAUUGAACCCUGAGCCUGCUCAAUUAGGAAAACACAGGGGGACGGGAGGAUCGUUAGAUUAUAAGGGGAGCGGGGAGGCGAGGGCGCCAAGUAAGAAGCAACCAUGUACUAUCGGAAAAAACAAAUAAAUGAAUGAAGAAUGCGAACAUCAUGUAAUGCGUUCUUGUAUCCAAGCUCUUGGGUACCGUCCGA